ACAAACCUGUAAACAUAACAAAAGUGAGCUGCAAAGUGUUAGAUGUGUUAGAUGUGUAUAGUCUCUUUUCGGUAUAUCCCCAUUGUAUAAGGGGUUUCCUGCACUUUACCACACAUGUAUAUGUAAUGGCCUUUGGCCCUCAGUAAAGUCAGUUGCUGUUUAUCCAACAUGGUAUCAGAUGUUAGGUUCCCCUCUCUCCCGCACGCUGCAACUCCGUGCUAAUCCCUCUCUCGAUCCGGCGCCUCCUGCCUGGCUGGCGGUCCGGGCGAGCAGCUUCGUCCGGCCCUCCCCGUCGCGGAUCCCAAUCCCGCUGCUCCGCCCCGGUCACGGCCGCCUCUUCCCGUCCGGCCGCACCUGCUCUACUCCGGCCUGCCCGCUACAAGCCUCGCCGGAAAUCAGUGUCCCGUGGCCGGAUCUGGCCGUCUCCGCCUUGCUGGACCCCGCCGAGCUGCUGGAGCCCCGGAUCCGUCCCCUCUCCACCCGGCCGCCGUCGCCCCUUGUCCGGCCGGCCCUCGGACCACCGGCUGUCGCCGCCCCCGGGGCUCCCCUUUUUCCGCUGACGCAGAGCGCCUCAGGCUUGCUGUUCUGGUUCGGGCCUCCUCCCUCGAGCGCCCCAGCCGCCCCUCCCUCGAGCGCCCCAGCCGCGAGCGGGCCCGGGCCCUUUCUGGAUCCUGAUUUGCCGCUCCUGCCUCGAGCGCACGAGUCUCUGCUCGAUCCCGAUCCAGUUUUCGAUCGGUUGACUUCAAAAAAAAGGAGAAAGAACAGGAAAAGAGGAGAGCUCGGCAAUGUCUUCUUCGGGAUAUGUGGCUGUUCCUCGCUGCUCCGUGAUCUUUGAUGGCACCAACUAUGCUGAGUUUGUUGGCUUCAUGCGUAUCCAUAUGCGCGGCCUUCUGCUGUGGGGCGUGCUCUCUGGCCAGGUACCCUGUCCGCCCUGCCCUGUUGCUCCGGUGGCUCCUGUUCCGCCGGUUCCGCCGGUGCUUGCUACUGACGCUUCUCAGGCUGAUCGGGAUGCAGCGAAGGCUCUUGAUGAUGCUGCAGUUGAUGCGUAUGAUCAGCAGGUAUCCGCAUACUCUGAUGCUCUUUCUGUCUACCGGGAUGAUCUGUCUGCUUACACGCAGUGGUGUAAUGAUGAUGCUCGGGCUGCUGCUGUUCUCACUGCGAGUGUCCUUCCUCAGUUUGCUUCGGAGUUUAUGGGCCUCGGCACUGUUGCAGCAAUGUGGUCCUAUCUUUGUCAGCGCUAUCAGCCCUCUGGAGAUGCUCUAUACCUCUCUGUGGUGCGUCAGGAGCAUGCUCUUCAGCAGGGCGACUCGUCUGUUGAUGAGUUCUAUUCACAGUGCUCUGCCAUCUAGCGUCAGCUUGACUCACUGAGGACAGUUGUUUGUGGCACUUGCCGUUGCUGUCAGACUACGCGGUCUGACUUGGAGUUUCAGAGGGUUCAUGAGUUCUUAUCUCGUCUCCGCUUCGAGUUUGAGCCCCGACGGGCUCACUUACUUGCUCGUGGUCGUGUUCCUAUCUCGGGGGGUACUUGCUGAGCUUCGUGCUGAGGAGACCCGUCUUUGCUCUGCUGGGUUACUUGUGGUUCCUUCAGUGUUGGCCACCCGGGCUCCUGUGUCAUCUGCUCGCCUCACUGCUCCACCACUCUUGCCCACUCCUUCAGGGGGGGUGAGCCGUCCUCUUUAUGCUGAGAAGAGUAAGUAGCGCCGUGACACUUUCUGUGGUUACUGCUCCCGGUCAGGUCACCCAGAGUCUGAUUGUCGCCAGAAGAAGCAAGAUCAGAGACGCUCCCCUUCCAGUGGCCCUCCUGCGUCUUCCUUGACUCAGUCACUCACUGACUAGGACGUACGCCUCAAGCGUCUACUUGCCUCCUCUGGCUCCUCAUCGACUGGUUCAGCUGCUGCUAUGACUGCAUCCCCUUCUACAUCACCGCAGACCUCUACUCAGUCAGGUACAUCCUCGUGGGUUCUGGAUUCUGGAGCCUCCUUUCAUAUGUCUUCUGAUUCUUCUGUGUUGUCUUCUCUCUGACCUCUUGACUCACCUGUUAAUGUUCUUACCGCCGAUGGCACACCUCUUCCUGUUGCUAGUCGUGGUCUUCUUUCCACUCCAUCCUUUUCUGUUCCUAGUGUUUCCCAUGUUCCUCGCCUUACCAUGAAUCUUUUUUCUGCUGCCCAACUCACUGAUUAUGGUUGUCGUGUCAUUCUUGAUACCGACUCUUGCUCCAUUCAGGAUCGUCGCACCAAGGCUUUGGUUGGUGUUGGCCCCCGGCGCCGUGAGUCAAAGGGCCUUUGGGAGGUUGACUGGCUUUGUGUUCCUUCCGCUGCCACCACUUCUGCCAACUCCCAUGCUCUUGCUGCCUCUUCGUCCGCGUCAUUCCAGCAGUGGCAUCAUCGUCUUGGUCACAUCUGUGGCUCUCGCU